CACUAAGACCAACACUUCCAAAGUACUUCCGGGUGAAACACGGUGACCUUGGCCGCUAGUGAUCAUUAUGGCGGCGCUGGUGAGGAUCAGCUCUGUUUGCAGCAGGAGUUUUAGCCCUCUGUUAUUCCGCAAUGCUUCUCUCAUCAGACCUUUGGCAGGACAGAAAAAGAACCUGGACCAGGAUCACUCGUACUUUCUCUCAGCCAAAAUACACAUGACACCGGCUUAUUAUGCUGGCUCUGGGACUAAGUCUGCCUCGCUGCACUGGACAGGAGAGCGACUCGUGAGUGUAAUUCUCCUAAGCAUGGGUCCUAUCGCUUAUUUCUACCCCGGUCCUGUCAUGGACUUCUCCCUGGCUGCUGCACUCACGCUACAUGGCCACUGGGGAUUGGGCCAGGUUGUGACCGACUACGUUCAUGAUGAGUCGAAGAUCAAGCUGGCACGAGCGGGCCUCUUUAUUCUGUCCACCGUUACCUUUGCAGGUCUAUGCUACUUCAAUUACCACGAUGUAGGGAUUUGUAAAGCUGUGGCUCUCCUCUGGAGUAAAUAGACGGACUGUCACAAAGGGUUUGUGAACGUGGUUCGGGUCCUGAAGUUUUUUUUUUUGUUUUUUUUUUCUCCCCACAGUUGAUUGUAUACAUUUGUGGGUUUAAAUGUAAAUUCUAUAAAAUAUCAUUUUGACUAGUUGCUGUUGAUUUAAACUGAAUAUAUUUUCUUCUUAAAUUCUGACCGCAUGUACUGUAUGUGAAGGGGGUUCUGUGUUAGAGCUCAUAUCCACACUUUCAUACGAAAAGCUUUCCUAUGGAUACCGUGGGGAAAAAUCAGCAUACGCUUGUUUCUGUUAGUCAUCUAUUCUGCAUGCCAAAACCCAGAUAAUGUUUGCUCUUUGAUUUAUUGAAUUAUUUUUCUAUGUUGAAAACACUCACAUGAAAUCCUGUCCCAGGUUCUGUUUCACAUCCGGUUGUCCUGAAGGAAUCCUUUCUGAUUGCAGAUUUUCUGGAUACAACGAUAAGAUCAAAAGUCGUAGUUGUUAUUUUUUUUUGGUUUUUGAUGAUCUAUCAGUCAGUCAGUGACAACCAUGGAUAUUCAAUGUACUGACUUUAAAAUCUACUACAAAAUCUGGAUUUUUUUUUUAAGCCUUAUUUUUGUUGAAAGUCAGCUUUCAUGUAUAAAUUGUACAUGGCCUUAAUUCUGUUGCUGUUGAUUUUAUAUUUUAAUAUCUUGUCAUUUUUCUGCAUCUAUGGUCAAUACUGUAAAACACCAGAGCUCUGUGUGUGCGCGCGCGCAAGCUAAGACAUGAACGUGAAUGAUGUCAGUCUGUCGCUCAGUGUUAUUAAUCGGCUCCAUCGUAUUCGAAUGCGUUAGUUAUCUUCGGAUAAAGUUGUUUGUCUUUGGACUCGCUGAAGUAGUGAGUUUUAAAGACCGAGUGGAAAUAACCUUAAAUUCUUAAAUAAACAAACUUGUGCAAAACCCCAA